CAAGAACAUGACGCAAUAAUGGCAGAAGGAGUACAAGAGUGAGUAAAGAGAGGAGAGAAGGAAGACUGAGACGUGGAGGCAAGUGGACGGACGGGCAGUCAGAUCGGCGGGACAGAUCAAACAUUUAUAAAAUAGCCAACAAAAGCACUUCCUGUGGAUUUGCUCUGAGAAGAUAACUCCACAAGUGAAUCAGCUCAUAAAGUAGUGAGGACUGCGAAUCCCAAAGUUCUACAAACCAAAGAUUCUUCAAUUCCCCCCCUAAAUGGCGUCAGACCUCUCCAUCUCCGCUGCCCCCCCCAGCUCCCCUCCACCUCUCCUCUCGCCUCCUCUCCUUUCUCACCAGUCAAACCAGAUCGGCAUCUCCAUCCUGGUCCUAGCAUUCGUCUUCGGUUUCCCCGGUAACCUCUUUGUUGUGUGGUCGGUGCUGUGCCGUGUGAGGCAUCGGUCAGUUACCUGCCUGCUCGUCUUAAACCUCGCUGUGGCCGACGCGUUGGUGUUGCUAAGCUCCCCGCUUUUCCUGCGCUUCCUGGCAGGCGGGCGAGGCUGGGAGUUCGGGGCGGUGGCCUGUAAAAUGGUACACUACCUGUGCUGUGUCAACAUGAACGUGUCCAUCUACCUGAUCAGCCUGAUGAGCUUGGAUCGCUGGCUGGCCGUGGCAAGGCCAUUCCUGGCCCAGAGGAUGAGGACCAAGAAAACCCUGAUGGCUGUUCUACUGGGGAUCUGGGUGCUGGCUUUCGUCUUGGCACUGCCCAUGGCCUUCUAUCGCAGUAACCUGAAGCUGCACAUGAACAGCUCCGUGACCGUCUGCAUGUCGUACCACUGGAAAAGUGUGGGUCACCAGGUGUUCCAGUACCUGUUUGAGACCGUCCUGGGCUUCUUCCUCCCCUUCACUUUCAUCAUCGUCUGCUACACCUCCGUCAUCUGUGGACUACGCAGGGCCAUGUUCCAGCACAAGGGACGGGGAAACCGUCUCAUCCUCCUCAUCAUCGGCACCUUCGCUCUCUUCUGGCUGCCCUACCACGUGGUCAACAUCUUACAGGUGAUUGGUCUACUUGGUGGUAACGACACUCUGUUUAAAGCAGCCGCGGUGGCCCGUCCCAACGUCACAGCGCUCGCUUUCCUGAGCAGCAGCGUGAACCCUGUGCUGUACGUGUUCGCUGGCAGCUCCCACAUCCGCCAGGCCGGCCUCAGCUUCAUGGCCAAGCUCUUCGAGGGCACCAACAUUGAGGGAGGGACCUCUGCCUCCUUUACCCGCAGCACAAAGUCCAGCCGGAGUGGUUCCUCGGCCCCGCUGUCACUCAAGCUGGGGCGGUCGGGGAAGGGGAAGGGGAAGGAGGGGGAUGGGAAUAGUGUGACGGAGCUGCAGGAAGCUGAGGUCAAGGUUAAGUCCAAGCCGGAGCUCAAGACUUUGACCUCCAAUGAUCAGUUGGAGUAGUGUUACUUUUUGUGGCCUACUGUACUAGUCAUAGGUUUACCGUAUUUAAUGUAUUUCGCAGAUCUUUGAUACAAUUUGUGCUUUAUAGCUAGUGUUUGUGGUUGCCUCCAUGCAAUUUCUGGAUAAUAUUAUAAAAUAUCCUUAAAGUUUUAACCUGUUAACAAAUCGAGUCAAUGGCUGUGCCAAUGGCUAGUUGAGCAAAUUGAAGUGUUUUCUUCUCAUGCAUAAUGCAAGGCAUUAUCACUGGGAUAUGAGGUAACAACAGGCUUUGCCUAUGUUAAGUGUUUUAAAAAGUACAGAAGUGUUUGUUAGGCAUUUAGCCUGUGUUUAAAAUAUGCUUAUAUUAUUUAAAGAGAAAAAAGUGAUUGUAUUUCUGUUAAGUGUUUGGGAAAUAAAGAUGGACAUGGUUUUAAAAAGGUAGUGGUGAUAUUUUAUUCAGUACAUAAUUUUUUAGGCGGCUUUACUUGCCACUUCCUGCGGCUCAACUUACACCAUACAUUUGUGGUUGCCUCCAUGCAAUUUCUUGGAUAAUAUUAUAAAAUAUCCUUAAAGUUUUAACCUGUUAACAAAUCGAGUCAAUGGCUGUGCCAAUGGCUAGUUGAGCAAAUUGAAGUGUUUUCUUCUCAUGCAGGGUAAGUUGUGCCAAAAUAACACUUUUUUUUAAUACAAGCUAUAUUUUCAAAACUGUAAUAUUUACAUGGAUUCUGAUUAUUUCCAAGGAUAUACAACAUCCUGAAAAGUAUAGUGAUAUCUUUGUUAGAUAGAAUACUAUAUUAUUCCUAACAAAGAUAUCUACAUAUAUUUCAAAAUGUUUUGUACCCUUGGAAAUAAUCAGAAUUCAUGUAAAUAUUACAGUUUUGAAAAUAUAGCCUUUCCAGAAAAAGAGUAGUCACUUGGCACAACUUACCCUGGGUACGGGGUAAGUUGAGCAUUGGGACAGGGUAAGUUGAGAUGCCUUGGGGAUAGUGGGUGAUGGUGCUGGUAGGUCAAAGUUUAGAGAAGUAUGCAAAUAAAAUUGUAUUGGUCACAUACACAUGGUUAGCAGAUGUUAAUGCGAGUGUAGCGAAAUGCUUGUGCUUCUAGUUCCAACAGUGCAGUAUUAUCUAACAAGUAAUCUAACAAUUCCUAACAACUACCUAAUACACACAAAUCUAAAGGGGUGAAUGAGAAUAUGUACAUAUAAGUAUAUGGAUGAGCAAUGGCCGAGUGGCAUAGGCAAGGGGCAGUAGGUGGUAUAAAAUACAGUAUAUACAUGUGAUAUGAAUAAUGUAAGAUACACAAACAUGAUUAAAGUACCACUAUUUAAAGUGGCAUUGUUUAAAGUGACUAGUGAUCCAUUUUAUUAAAGUGUCCAGUGAU